GUCAGUUUAGUUUUUUCUCUGAUGUAUAUGAGUGCUUUUUGCGGCUGAUUAGAAAAUUAAUUCUUAAAUUUGUGAAUUUUAUGUUACAAUAACCAAGGAGUGCAAUAAAUCAUUGUGCGGUGUCUUCUGGUUGUUGACUAAAAUUUAGAAAAAAAUCAGCGUAAAUAUACCAACUUUAUACAGUGGGUUUAUCAAUAGCUGAUUUCAAGUGUGGAAAUGUAAAGAUACAUCGAUAUCCUUAUUGGCCUAUAAAAAAAACAAAAAAAAAAAAUAAUAAAUUCAACGGAAAAAAAUUGUUGCUCUUUUGUUUAGCUGAGCAUAGAAAACUAUUUUUAUUAACAUUCGUUGAAUUGGCGAUAAAAUAGAAAAAAUAUAAAAACAACGGGUUAGCAACGACAGCAAAAACAACGACAACGGCGACAACUACCAUCUUUCUGCUUCCGAACGAUAUCAAUUUCCGCUGACGUCGGUGAAAACAAUAAUCAAUGAGCGCCAGUCCCACAACCAUUUUUACUUCACUUUCAAUCACGAAUCAUGAAUAUAUAACUUGAUGAAGAAAUCAAUAUUGAAAUUCACAUGUGCACGCAUAUAAAUAAAAGUCAAACUGACACUGAAAUGUCACAAGUUCAAGUCGCUUCCAACAAUACGCGUAUAUGUGUGUGUACCCUGUCUUGAGUGAAGAUGGUCAAUUGAGUAGAGAAAUAAGGGCACGCAAGCGAAAGGAAUCCAAAGAAGUAACAGAGUAUAAAAGAACAAUACAAAAAUCAAAGUAUACCAUAUUUUUACCGCGUACGUAAAGUGGCCAGCUGUGUUGCAACGGAUAUACAAAUGUGCAUAUGUAUGUAUUUACAUACCUUCAGACAGUCUAAAACAAAAGGAAAUACGCAAACCCUUUGCGAUUAUCUCUGUUAAAUAAAUAGUUUACCAAGUGGCCAUACAACUUGACUUGGUUGGUAAUCAGUGUAAUAGACUUGUACAGGCCGACAAGUACCACUGCCCUUGAAAUAUAUAAAUAAUACAUGCAAACUAGUGGCGAAUUUGUCUUGAGGCCAUCAAUCAAUUUUCGCUUCAAGUAACUUUUCAGUUAACGAGGACAAGAAAAUGCGAUAUCGCAAAUACAGAAAAUGUAGUUGGAGCGCUGAUGAUCAAAUCGUACGGUUGACAAGAAUGGAAGUUCAAACGGUGAACAAUCACCUAAAUAACUCCCUCAUAUCACCGCCAGCCUUGUCACAGUCACAACAAGCUCAAUUAAAUAACAGUAUCAUUGCUCUGAGCCGCAGCAACAGUCCGGCCAGCUCGAAUUCGGAAAUCGAAAAAGAGCUGCAAGAUUUGGAUUUGAAUAGUUCACUGAAUAGUGGCAGUGUUAGUUUGGGUGCCGAACUAAACUGUAAAUCAAAUGGUUCGCUGAGCGGUGCAUCUACUACAAGCUCGACGACAGGCCUCACAACAUCAGUGACCACAGCAGCAGCAGCAGCGGCGGCGCCAGCGACAACAGCGACAUCAUCUACUGAAGCAUUAAUAAAUGGCAAUGGUACUGAUGCAACAAAUGCUGGUAAUAGCUCUACAAUAGCCGGCGCCACAGCAAGCAAUGCAUUGGCACAGGUGAAGAAGCGCAUUUCCAGCAGCCGAACACCAACACGCAAAGCGAGGCGAAUAAAAUUCUAUCGCAAUGGCGAUCGAUUCUAUACGGGUAUUACCAUUCCAGUCUCAAAUGAACGUUAUAGAUCAUUUGAGAGCCUUUUUGAAGACUUAACACGAUUAUUAGAGGAAAAUGUAAAAAUUCCAGGAGCUGUGCGUACAAUUUAUACCAUGUGUGGCAAGAAGAUCUCCACUUUGGACGAACUCGAAGACGGCCAAAGCUAUAUUUGUUCCUGUAAUAACGAGAAUUUCAAAAAAAUCGAAUACAACACCACCUCACAACCAUUAGCCAACUUGACACUCUCCAACAAGACAAACAAUCGUUUGUCCAAAGCUUAUCGUCCAUCGUCGCCGCUUAAGAAUGGUACCGGCACGUACAAUAGCGGUGGUGGCGGUGUAGCUGGGGGCGGCGCUGGCGGUAAUGGUGUAAAUGUCACCACUAAUGGCAGUCCAGUACUGAAACUAAAUGAACGCGAUAGCGUCGUACAUCCCCGUAUUGUGACGCUGAUAAGAAAUGGCACCAAACCACGGACAAUUAUGCGCCUUCUGCUGAAUAAACGCAAUAGUCCCAGCUUUGAUCAUGUACUAACCGCCAUCACACAAGUGGUACGCCUUGAUACCGGUUAUGUACGCAAAGUGUUUACGCUCUCCGGCAGUCCGGUUGUACAACUUGCCGAUUUCUUCGGUCCCGAUGACAUUUUCUUCGCCUAUGGCACAGAACGCGUUAACAAUCCAGAUGAUUUUAAGCUCGAACCUGACGAACACAAAGCCAUACAAGCGAUACGGAAAUCGUUACGUACCGCAGGAACUACUUACAAGGGCCCCAAACCGAAAAUGCCAGUAAAGAGUAAAAAUCUGAAUAGCGCCAAGCAUCAACAGAAUCAUCAACAAGAACCAUGUGAUCAGAUUGUUGAUGAAGAUUUGGCGGCGCUAAAUGAGAGCGGCAUUGAUGCAAGUGAACUGCCGGGAGUAAUACGUGAGCGUUACGCGUUAGGACAAAUUAUAGGCGAUGGUAAUUUUGCUGUUGUACUGAAGAUCAAAGAUCGGCAGAAUGGUUUGCCAUAUGCGUUGAAAAUCAUCGAUAAAAGCAAAUGUAAAGGCAAAGAGCACUAUAUCGAUGCAGAAGUGCGUGUAAUGAAGAAGUUACAACAUCCACACAUUAUUUCAUUAAUCUUGGAUGUCGAUCAGCAGUCGAAUAUGUACUUGGUGCUGGAGUACGUGAGUGGUGGUGAUCUUUUCGAUGCUAUUACGCGUGUAACACGUUUUUCUGAAAAUCAGUCACGCGUGAUGAUCAAGCAUUUGGCCUCAGCCAUGGCCUAUUUACAUUCCAUGAGCAUUGUGCAUCGUGACAUUAAACCUGAGAAUCUAUUGGUUGAGUUGGACGCCAAUGGUAGUGUAACCGAACUAAAAUUAGCUGAUUUUGGUUUGGCCUGUGAAGUGACUGAACCAUUGUAUGCAGUGUGCGGCACCCCAACUUAUGUGGCACCGGAGAUACUAUUGGAAACAGGUUACGGAUUGAAGAUCGAUGUCUGGGCAGCUGGUAUAAUACUAUACAUCCUGCUUUGCGGUUUUCCACCCUUUGUGUCGCCCGACAAUCAACAAGAGCCACUAUUCGAUGCCAUCAUUACGGGAGUAUAUGAAUUCCCCGAUCCCUAUUGGUCUGAUAUUGGCGAUGGUGUACGCGAUCUCAUUGCAAACAUGCUGCAAUCGGAUCCCGAUGUACGUUUCACUAGCGAAGAUAUACUGGAUCACUACUGGACUCUGGGUGAAUGUAUUGACUAUAGUAGUUGAAUUUGCUGCCUAGGUGGUGUGGUUGGUUGAAAACAGGGAGGGAAAACCGAAACAACAAAAGCAAGAGCAACAAGAUCACAUUGUAGGGCUAUAGCUAGUUUAGGUAGCUGCGCUUGUUUGUUUGUUUGUCGACGUAAACACAUAGGUUUAGUAUUUGGGGAUGUAGUAUUAGUACUGUGUAUUUAAUGGCUUAUUGAAAAACUAUAAUUUACGAAAAUUUAUUUAUAUGCGAAAACAAAAACUAAAAAAACGAAAUUAUUGAUGAGUUUUGUAAGCGCUGAAAAAUGUUAUUGUGGAUAAUUUUUUUUUUUUUAACUAUUCAAAUGUAACACAGUUAGCAGCGACUUAGCUAAAAAACAUGCAUAUAUAAAAUAUAGGCUUACGUACAUAUAAACACACAUGUGCAUAUGCAUAUACAAACAUAUGUAUGCUUAAGUAUUUUAUUAAAACUGUAGUAUUUAUAAUUUAUUGCUUCUUUAUAUGGCAAACCUUAAACUUAAAACACAUCUACGAAAAAUUUGGCAAACUUAUUUAGUGCACCGUUAGAAAAAGUAAAUCCACAGUUGGUAAUAAUAUUAAACGAAAAAAUAAAUUCAACCGCCUAUGAAAGGGAAAAUCAACGGAAAUGUCACAAUAUGUAUAAAAUUGUACGAAUUCGAACACUAACACAAAAAACAAAAAAGGAAAACGCUUUCGAAAGAGAAAAAACACCAAGCAAUCAACUGCUGAUACUAUUCGUAUAUAUUUUUUAUAUAAAUACUUUGCACUUUCAUUAUUAUUGGUUAUUUUAUGUUGCAGCAUUUAGCUGUUAUUGUCUCCCAACUGAUAUUUUCCUACAGAUCAAUCUAUUUUAUCCACUUUAUGUAUUAUUUUCUAUCAAAACUUUUACUACUAUUACUACUUUUAAUACUAUUGCGAUAAGGAUAGCUGUAAAAUAUUUUUUAUCUUUUAUGUCAUUCUAUUUUUUAGUUUUCAUUUUAAAUGCAAAACGAAAAAUCAAAACGAUGUCCCUUAAAAUGCUAUUUAACUACUUAUUAGAGUUUUGUAUGCAUAUUUUAUUAAAUAAUUUUUAAAUAAUAAUUUAAAACAAAAUUAUUGUAUUAUUGUUUUAUAUUUUAAAUUGAUAUUCUCCGGUAACUAAAGUAAUUUUGCUUUGCUUCGGCGAAUUGUUCGCCAAAUGUAUAAAUUAGUGAAUUAUUCUUAAAUCUAAUACAAACAGCUAACAUUUUUAAUGUAUACAUUGUGAUCAUGUGCUGUUUUAUCAUUAUAAAAACAAUUUUAAUGAUUCUACAUUUGUCAUAUUUUAUGUUUAUAUUUGAUUUCGUCGUUUAAAAACUGCAAAAAGAAAACGUAAAUUUCAAAACAAAAAACAAGUUACAUAUUAUUCGUAACUCCUUAUGGUGAAUUCAGAAACGUAUUAAUACAAAAAAAAAAUGAUAUAACUUAUUUUUAAUCAAUAGGGGAUAAUAAUAUCAACUAUGCAAAACCACAGGAAGCUGCUAAUUGCCGACUAAGUUGCGCAAGGUGAACACUUUCAUUAGCUAUGGCUUAAAAACCAAAUGGGUUGAUGAUUAAGAAGUAUUAGUGCGUUUUCGAAUUCCCUCAUAUUAUUAAUUUUUUUU